AUGAGUCUACCCAAUCGAAAAACUGAGACUGGAGAUGUUACAGCCCAUUUGCUGUUGAUACUUCUACACCGAUGCUUGCUUGACCUGACCGUUUGCUUCAAGCUGAAGGAGUCAAAAGACAACGUAGCAUUUGGCACACACAGAGUAAACAUGGGGGUCACUGUAACUUUCUCAAAAUCCGUCAAUACUACGUCGAUGCUGCGUAUAGCAGUUGUUACCUUACACAUGAUUUACUGCUCAAACGGCUCAAUUAAUGCUAGCGAUCAUUGUAAACUGGAAAUCACAUCAUUGGCGUCGACUCACUUGUCUAUUUCAUAUCCUCACUGUAAUAUUUAUUGA